UGUUCGAAGUUCAAUAAACAUCAACAACUGCAAUUUCGCUCGUUGGCGUUUCCAGAUUUAUAGUGCAUUUAGCUGCAAUAACCAACUGAUACCCUUUAUUGUGCAGCGGGUUUGCUCUUUCAACUUUUUGCAUCUACAAAAAAAUAAAUCGCUCAUUUUAGACAACUACAGAAUGACAGUAGAUAGGGUGAGAGCUCGUUCAUCGUCUCCUCCAUUACAUGUCCAUGUUGAUCAAGACACACCAGUCCAUGUUCACGUUAAAAAGGGAGUGCUAAAAAAGUCUGCAGCAGCCAAGGCAGCCGAGGAUCGUUUGUGUAGAUCUAGGCAGAGACACCACACCUUUUCUGGAUACUCCAGAUCCAAAGAACCGUGGGUUCCUGCACCUGGCAGAUCAACUCGAGGGAAAAAACUCUCUUGGCAGGGUGCUACACAUAGGUUAGACAUCAACCCAUUAGACGCUGACAUCAUCCAUUCAACACUGAGGAGAGAGGACUUAUCGGACGAAGAAGACAGAAGAAUGUUACAAUACGAGAAGAAAAUAGACAGUCUGAUGACAGAAGUUGGGUCUCUGAAGUCAGAGAGAGAUCUUGAAAAAACAAAAAGAAGAAUGGAACGCAGCGAAGAUGAAUUGGAACUAUCGCGUAGAGUAAUCGAAGAUCAGGAAGACGAAUUACUGGAUUUUAAAGAUGAAAUUGGUAUACAAGAGAGAGAAAACAAACUAUUACGCCGAUCUGUGGAACGAUUGAAAGAUGAAGUUGACACGAGCAGGACUGAAACAGACCUCUUAAAUACGGAAAGAGAAUUACUGAUGAAAAAACUUGUGGAAGCUGAAAUGGACGGUGAUGCUGCUGCAAAACAAGUCUCAGCACUGAGAGACAUUAUGUACAGAAUAAAACAGGAAAAAAGACUGUCAUCUACAGAUUCUAAGAUACUGGCAAAGCAGCGAGAAUUACUACUUGAGAAGCUUUCUGAUUUUGAGACUACAAAUCGUACGCUAAGGAGAUUGCUGAGAGACCAACACCGUCGAGAGACUGCAAGAGAAAGAACAGAAGAACAGCGUGAUGUGCUCCUCAAAAAACUCACCGAAUCAGACAACAUCAAUCAGAAACUGAGACAUCACAUGCUAGACAGAAAUCAAGAGGUAGAUGCUCUGACGGCCACUCUGCGUGCCGAGCGUGAACAGUGUAAAAGUAUGGCUGAGUUGCAUACCUCUCUAGAAGGAACUCGUGCACAUUUACAGAACCAGCUGCGGAAACGAGAAGCUGAUUGCAAUAGAAUGGCUGUUCAGUUACGAGGUUUGGAAAAUCAGCUUGAACAAGAAAAAAUUGACAAUGAACAUCUGCAGAAUCUGUUACAAGCAGCUAAAGACAAAUCUGCUGCUGAUAAAGAAGCAUUAAAAAAAGCCACAAGAGUUCAGAAAGAAAGAGCAACCCGAAGUGAAGAUGCCGUUGAGAAAAUGAACGCUACAUUGUUGGAGAACGAAACUCACCUUGCAGAAGUUGAGAUGAGUUUAGACCAGUGGAAAGCUAGGGGGCAGAAAGUGAUCAAAGAAAAGGCGCAGCUAGAAGCAGAAAAUUCAGCUCUCAUUAGUCGAAUUGAAGACAUGGAAUUAGAAAUCCGCGAUUUACAGCAGAGUAAUAGAAUUAAUAGUGACACAUUAAACUCUAAACUACAAUCUAAGAGCACUGAAGUAUCAAGUCUAAAGAUGGACAAUGAAAGACUGAAGACUUCUCUGAACAAUGUGGAAGAAAAACUUUUAUGUUGUGAGUCGGAAAUCCGAGAACUGAAAUCCAGCAUUCAGCAGUAUGAAAAUCUGAUUACAGAAUACAAGACACAGAUGACCCGGUCACAGAGAGAAGCUGAUGAGGUCUCGUAUAAGCUACAGUCACAGGAAAAACAAACAGACAGACUACAAGAAGAUGGCCAAAGAGAACUAGAAAAGGUGAGAAAUAGAUUGCAGCAGAGAUUGAUGGAACUGGAGCCGUUACCUGACAUGCUACGUACUUCUGAGUUACAGCUACAUGAAUCUAAUGAGAAGCUUAUGACGUAUGAAAAGAGACAUGCUGAACAAACUAAGCUUAUCUCUGAUCUCUCAGUCAAGGUUGAACACCAAACUGACCAGCUUGAGAAUCUACGAGAGAAAUGGCACUCAUCUCAGGAUGAAGCCCGGACCAUGCAGUCAAGAGUAGAUGCCCUAGAAAGAAAAAUACAGGCCUCAGAUGAACAGAAUAGAGAACUACACAUUAUUGUAGCAAAAAGAGAAGAGACUGUACACCAACACCAGAUUCGCUUGGAAGAAAAGACUCGUGAAGUUGCCAGUUUGUCUCGACAAUUAGAACAGGCUAUUGCCGAUUCACGCAGAAUUGAAGAACAGAGUAAAGAAAAACAAUCUGCUAAAGACCGCAACAACCAAUCAAGAAUACUAGAAUUGGAAUCACAACUAUCUCGAGUCAAAGCAGAAGUAUCCCAAGCCAAGAGAGGAAAAGAAGAUGCUGAGAGGAGAUUCAACUCGCGGCUAUAUGACUUAAAAGACAGACUAGAACAGGCACACAGUACCAACCGUAGUAUGCAGAACUACGUACAGUUCUUGAAGAGUUCGUACUCCAAUGUUUUCGGGGAUACAUCCAUUACAUCAUCCCCACUCAGGGAUCGCUCCACCAUACUUUGAAAAAACAAACAGCUGACUUAAAUAAAUAAUAUAAA